AUGCGGCCACUGCUCCAGUCUCCUUUCCGCAUGGCCACUGUAUUCCUGCUCUUCCUGGUGCCCAACGGCAAAGCCUUUAUCCGGGCAAUUUACAACCGUAACUCCACCAGCCAAGAUUUCAGUGCCCUCCCUGCACUCUUUGGGCCUCCGCUCCCCGGCAAGGGACUGACAGGUUAUCUGAUCGAGGCGACGCCUGCAAACGCCUGUCACCCUAUCGAAAGCCCGCCGGUGCCCCGCAACUCCUCCGCAGCCUUCAUCGUGCUCCUCCGUAGCUACCACUGCACUUUUGGUGCCAAGGUCCAACACGCUCAGCAAGCCGGAUACCGAGCCGCCAUCAUGCACAACAUGAACUCACAAGCUCUUGUGGAUAUGGCGAUUGGCAUGGAAGAGAUUCAGCAGUGGAUUGAGAUACCUUCUGUCUUCACUGGGGAAGCAACCUCCAAGCUCUUGAGAAAGGUUUGCCGCUCUGAUGAAGGAGCUCACGUCAUCCUGGUCCCUAAAUACUAUCACUUCGCCUGGGAGGAGGAGGAUGCUGGGAACUCCUGCCCGCGUGCUUGCAGGUGCCGGCUCCAGCUGCUGGGACACUGUUCCCAUGUCCCAAUUCUUCCAGUCUGCAGGGCAAUUAGCUUCCUGGUUGCCAUAGUGACAGGCAUCCUGCUCAUUGUGAAAGACACAAUAGGGUACCACAUCUGGAGGAAGAGGAGAAACCCACUAAGAGAGGAGCAGGGGAAGGAAUCCUCCACCAGCACGUUUAAGAGAGGCGCCAAGUACACCGAAUGUGCCAUCUGCCUGGAGAUGUAUGAAAAGGGAGACAUGCUGAAGAUCCUGUCUUGCUCCCAUGCCUAUCAUGGCAAAUGCAUAGACCUGUGGCUCUUAACCCAGACCAGGAAUAAGACCUGCCCUCUCUGCAUGCAGAGGGUGACGGUGGCAGCAGAAAGCCCUGACUUGGACAUAGAGGGAUGUAUAGAGGAGGAGAGGGAGGAGGAAGAUGGGCACAACAGGGAGGGGCAGUAA